AUUGGCAUUGGAUUGAAACUCCCAAAAACGCAGUCCGUGACAAGUUUCUCCUUUGGCCAUGGAUUGGUUUUAAUGCUUGUGAUUUGCUAUCCAAAUUAUAUUUUAUGCAGUUAUUGUACAGUUGUUACUGUAUGUCAAGUAUUGUAUACAAGUCACCUUAUUGAGCUUUCUCCUCCAUGAUUCAUGCACACUGGAAUUCCAAUGCUUCCUAUUCGAGCAUGGUCUUUCGAGUUUAAUAAGUUGGCAAAAGAAGUAGCAGAGUCUAAAGUUAUAUGUCUGCCGUCGAGUCCAUUGCGUUUUACAAAUGAGAAGAUCUCUAGCAGCUCAGCCUGGAAUUUGGCUGAGCGAGCCAAAAAGGAAAGUGCAGCUAUAAAGCGAGCUAUGCAAUCGCUGGGCUGUAAGGUAUACUUUUCAGAAGAUGGUGAAUGCGUUGGAAUCGAAAACAACAUAUCCGGCUUCAGACAAGGAAAGUGCUGUAUAUUUGCAGCAAGAAAAUAUAUAAGAGCUGUACAUCUCUGAUUCUGUCUUGGACAAUGAUGUUGCAAUCAAUCCGAUUACUCGUGUUUGUGAAUCUUCAUGCCCAUUACGUACCAGAGAUGGAGGGUGUAGAUAGCCAAAUGCUGAAUUUGCUAAAUUUGGAAGUGAGUUUGAAAGCAAAUUUUGAUGCCUGUCAUCGAGUAAAUAGUUGGCAAAAUGUAAUUCAUUGAAUAGAUGAGCAUAAUGACGUCUUUGCAGCAUAAGAAAUUGUAAAUUAAUAGUGUUUAAGUUCAGUUUCUAACUUUAAAAAAUUAUCUAAAUUUA